CCCAUAAAGCCCAGUCGCAUAUGUUUUCUUUAUUUCCGGAUGCAGCAUCACAUGGAUUGACUGUCAACAUGCAAGAUGGCCACGCAUCACAGGCAAAAUGCUGCUGGGCGGAGAAAAGUACAGGUGUCCUACGUCAUUAGGGAUGAGGUGGAGAAGUACAAUCGGAAUGGGGUGAACGCACUGCAGCUGGACCCUGCGUUAAACCGCCUCUUCACUGCUGGAAGAGACUCUAUCAUCCGGAUAUGGAGUGUCUACCAGCAUAAACAGGACCCGUACAUUGCCUCGAUGGAGCAUCAUACCGACUGGGUUAACGACAUAGUUCUCUGUUGCAAUGGCAAAACGCUGAUUUCGGCCUCAUCAGAUACAACAGUCAAAGUUUGGAACGCGCAUAAGGGCUUCUGUAUGUCAACGUUACGAACACACAAGGACUACGUGAAAGCUCUGGCAUACGCUAAGGACAAGGAGCUUGUGGCAUCGGCAGGUCUCGACCGGCAGAUCUUUCUUUGGGAUGUGAACACACUAACUGCACUCACCGCUUCCAACAACACUGUAACCACCUCUUCACUCAGUGGUAACAAGGACUCCAUCUAUAGUCUGGCUAUGAACCAGAUGGGUACAGUCAUUGUGUCUGGAUCCACAGAAAAGGUCCUGAGAGUGUGGGAUCCUCGAACGUGUGCGAAGCUGAUGAAGCUAAAAGGUCACACAGACAACGUGAAGUCGUUGCUGCUGAAUCGUGACGGCACUCAAUGCCUGUCCGGCAGCUCGGACGGGACCAUCCGCCUGUGGACACUUGGCCAGCAGAGAUGCAUCGCCACGUACCGGGUGCACGACGAAGGGGUCUGGGCCCUGCAGGUCAACGAGGCCUUUACACACGUCUACUCUGGAGGCCGAGACAAGAAGAUCUACUGCACUGACCUCCGUAACCCAGACAUCCGUGUGCUGAUCUGCGAAGAGAAGGCCCCAGUGCUCAAAAUGGAACUGGACAGAUCUGCUGACCCACCUCCAGCAAUCUGGGUCUCCACCACCAAGUCAUCCGUUAAUAAAUGGUCUCUAAAGGGAAUGCACAACUUCCGGUCAUCAGGGGAGUAUGACAACGACUGCACCACCCCUCUGACACCACUGUGCACUCAGCCAGAACAAGUCAUCAAGGGAGGCGCAAGUAUCAUACAGUGCCACAUUCUGAACGACAAGAGACACAUUCUCACCAAAGACACCAACAACAACGUGGCCUUCUGGGAUGUCCUGAAGGCUUGCAAGGGUGAAGACUUGGGGAAGGUGGAGUUCGAGGAAGAGAUUAAAAAGCGCUUCAAGAUGGUCUAUGUGCCAAACUGGUUCUCUGUUGAUCUUAAAACUGGGAUGCUCACUAUCACAUUGGACGAGAGCGACUGCUUCGCUGCCUGGGUGUCUGCAAAGGAUGCUGGGUUUUCAAGCUCUGAUGGCUCCGACCCAAAGCUAAACCUAGGUGGACUGCUGCUCCAGGCUCUGCUGGAGUUCUGGCCCAGGACUCGCAUCAACCCCAUGGACGAGGAAGAGAACGAGGGGAUCCACGUGAACGGAGAGCAGGAGAACCGGGUGCAGAAGGGAAACGGAUAUUUCCAAGUGCCGCCACACACGCCAGUCAUCUUUGGGGAAGCAGGAGGCAGAACUUUAUUCAGGUUGCUAUGUAGAGAUUCAGGUGGAGAGACUGAAUCGAUGCUGCUGAACGAGACUGUCCCGCAGUGGGUUAUUGAUAUAACUGUAGAUAAAAAUAUGCCCAAGUUCAACAAAAUCCCGUUCUACCUCCAGCCGCAUUCUUCCUCGGGCGCUAAAACUCUGAAGAAGGAUCGCCUCUCGGCCAGUGACAUGCUCCAGGUGAGGAAGGUGAUGGAGCAUGUCUACGAGAAGAUCAUCAACCUGGACAACGAGUCGCAGACCACCAGCUCCUCGGCCAACGACAAGCCGGGGGAGCAGGAGAAGGAGGAGGACAUGGCCAUGCUGGCGGAGGAGAAGAUCGAACUAAUGUGUCAAGACCAGGUUCUGGAUCCUAAUAUGGACCUGCGAACAGUUAAACAUUUCAUCUGGAAGAGCGGAGGAGACUUGACGCUUCACUAUAGGCAGAAGUCCACGUGAAAAUUCUCAUUUUUAAAAGCGGGACCUCUUCGUCAAUUGCCAAUCACCAUUCAUCUCUGACAUGUAGUACCCUAAAUCCCAUUGUGUGGUCAGGAGUCACAGAAUCAAUGAGAAUCCAGUCAAAAUUGUGACCACUAAGGGACCAGGAUGGGCCGGAGCAGCCGAGUGACACCCGGGAGUCAAGUGGUCCCUAGUCCUGUUUUUCUUUUUUUAACAGUUGAUAAAAUGACUCUUUUCUCCAGCACUCUACUUUUCUUUUCUUUUUACUUUGACUCCUCGGUUUGUUUCAAUUGGCGUUUAAUGGUGAAGCAACAAACGUUACAAUAUGUUUGUGUGUGUAUAUACACACACACACACACACGGAUGUAGUAGAGUGUAUUUGUUCUAGUACAUUCCAGAAACUGUCCCGUGUUCUACAAACACGUCUCAGCCCAGCAGGAUCACCAGUUUCAGGGUACGCUCUGUCUGUGAGUAGCGUCACACCCCUUUUUAAAGCAAUCUUGUGCUGUUCAGCCGCCAUCUUAACUUGUACUUAACUUAGAAGUCAAAUUUAUUGCAGAGAUUGAACCUCGUUGACAGAAACACAUAUUUUUAGCUGUGCGGUCCUCAAUGGGUCUGAAUGUUCUUUGUUAUGUAAAUGUCCAGUUUUUAUUUUAUUUAAGUGGCUUGGUUUUUGGGGGUUUUGCAGUUGUACAGUUAACUUCAAAACCAACUUUUUUUUUCCCUAAAUCCCUGGAGCACAUUCAUGGUCAUGACGGUCUUCUGACUUUGAUCUCUAAAAUAUUCACUACAGCUCAGAAAUUGCAUUUUAGUCUUUAAGAAUGUUAGUAGUUGUCAGUCAUUUUAGAAAUUAUGAAUAAGAUACCUUUAAUUUAUAUCAUGCUUACCUGCUCUGUGCUUGGGUCAUGACUGAUACCAAUGAGGGCCGUCCUUAAGGUAUAUUUCAUUUAGAUUUAAUUCAUGUCCAUCCCAAGUGGUCAAAUUCACCAAACAACUGAUGGGUACAAUAAUUAGGCUAAAACACUGCAAUAUCCCUUGUAAUCAUUUGUGAAAUAUGUAUAUUUUAGGCAUUCAAAGAAAUAAAUUGGAAUGGUUUAACUGA